GUUUUGUUAGAAUAAAUAUUACGAACUUCGUAUAAAUAUCCCUUUGUUUGAAAAGAAAAAUGAAAUAAUGUUGUCCAUGUCAUCGGACACAAUAGAAUCAUAUGGAUCUCGAGAAAUGACACAUGUAGAUUAUGGGUAUAGCCGAUCUUCUACACCGGACAGUUCGGCAUCAAGUAGGCUCGCUGCUCAAUUGGAAAGAUCAGCAUAUCGACGAUCAAGAAGUAAGACAAGGCGAAAACAAGGUUCUAAGCAAAGUGACGUGGAUACCGUCAAUGUUUCCGCUAGAAAGCCGUCUCGAAACAAACGUUUAAAACAGCAACAAAGAAACCAAUCGUACGAACAAGAUGAGUUUUCUUCGAGCACGGCUUCUAGGAUGAACGGCUAUAGUACAAACCCGCCAAUUAGAAGGUAAACAAAGUAUAUAUUUUUCAGAGAACAAUGCUAAUAUGUGGUUAUAUGUCACGCUAUAUUUAUAUACAAAUCAAUAAAGUAUUUGAAAGAAUAGUUGUUAGUUAAACAUUGUUUUCUCAGUUUUUGCUACAGUACUUCAGUGUAAUGAUGUAAGACUAUCCCAAAUCUAGUUAUAGUGUUUACGUUCUUUGUCGUCGGAGUUUAAUUCACACUAUUAAAUUGUUAUCAAAUUUGCCUACCAUAAUUGGUACUUUACUCAAUAUCUUAAGUUUAUUACUGUAAUAUUUACGCGACGAGAAAUAAUGAGUUAUCGGCAAAUGAGCAAACAGGUAGCGAGUAUGGCAGGGUCAAGCAAUGAGUUUGAGUAAGCUAGGUUUUAACUGUUGACCUUUAACAACUGCAUGUUAUUAAAACCAACCAUUAAAUUAACAUCAACUAAUAUUUUACAAACACUGGGGUGCAUGGAGGAAGUGGAUGAUCCCUGCAUCUUAGGUAGCUGUUAAACUUGGACUCUUCUAGUUAACAAAGUCGUCUGUUAAAACCCUAGCUUUCCACCAGACACACGAUGUUGUUUCAAUGUUGAAAUUUGGUAUUAAAAAAAGGUUGUGAUGUCGACAACCUAAUAUCAACGUUGCUCUGAUGUUGUUUUACAAAUGUUGGUUCAAUAGCAGCCUACAGACGUUGAAUCAAUAUUAAUUCAUAGUCGGUCAACAGUUAACUUGUCAAGUAAUCUCAACGUUGUUUCAACGCAGAUUCAACAUUGAAUUAAUUAUGGUUGACGAGAUUGGCAACCAAAUAUCACUAUUGCUUCAACGUCAGCAGAGAAACGUUGAUCCAAUUUGCAUUUUCAAUAAUUUUUCAAUGUCUAUAUCCAACGUCUGGGAAGUCUGACAUUGAUUCAACGUUGAACCUACGCCAUUUAAUAUUUGCCAGCUGGGUUUUAGUAUCAUUCAAUGACUUAACGGUAGAUUUCAUCAUGCUCCAGUUUAGUGUACAUGCAGAGCCUUUGAGCACCGGCACUCUCCCCUUGACAAGGGGUCGGAUUUUGGUGGAAAAUAGUGGGGGAGGUGGAAAAAAUUUAGAGGAGGUGCAGCGCGGUCUAGCUCAUGACCCCCAUGGAAAGUUAGGGCCUGUAAACUGUAGAACGGGCCAAAAUCAAGAUGUGACAUAUACGCAUGUAGUGUACAUACUAUAUCGGUGUAUUAAUGGAUUAUGACUGCACAACUCAUCCAAUGUUGCUCUUCAUUACAAUUACUGCAAACUUAGUUUCUUCAUUACAAUUACUACAAAAAUUGACACAGAGAUGAAUGUUUAUAUUUUAGUGAAAAAACUUUACAGAUCUUAAGCAAAUUUCACUUUGAUCCAUCAUUGAAACUUUCCCAGCAAAACGAUGUCAGGGGAGGUGCGCACCUCCCCAAAAGGAGGUGUGCACACCUGCCCUCAAAAUCUGCCCAUGCCUUGACAAGCAAAAAUAGUGUGAGUAUAAAAAUAAUAUAGUACGGUGGAUAGAGGGCACAAUGCAACUUAAUGGGUUAACUAGACUUGUUGGUGGAUAGUCUGAUUGAUAACCCAUUGAGUGCCAGUGCUUUUCCCUUGAUGAGUAAAUCGAUAAAUACUAUGAGAUCGAUAAAUAUGCAAUGAUAAAUACCCAACCUGCAUCAGCCUUGCUCAAAAAGUUUGAAAUUGAAACCCACUUUUAUGGCUUUUUUGCAUUUGCAAGCAAACAUGAAAAUCUGGAAAAUAUUGCCAGAUUCUCUACAAUUAUUUCAAGUAAAAUAUGAUAAAUAUGAUUGUGUACCUUUUAAACCGUAUUACAAGACCGGAUUUUGGUGGAAAUAGUGGGGGAGGUAGGAAAAAAUUAUGGGAGGUGUGCAUGGAAAAUUAGAGCUUAGAACGUGCUAAAGUCAACGACGUGAUGUAUGCAUGUAGUCUACAUAAUGUAUCCAAUGUAUUAAUGAAUUAUGACUGUACAACUCAUCCAAUUUUGCCCUUCAUUACAAUUACUACAAAGUUUCUUUCAAAACAGUGUAUUAAAAGGAUACUUGACACAGAGACGAAUGGCUAUCACUGUUACAAUUUUACAGAAAAAACUUUCUUAAAAGUGUAGACCCUAAGCAUCCAAAAAUGUCAAAUUUUCGCUUAGAUAUACAGUAUCUUUGAAACUUCCCCAAGAGGAGGUGCAUGACUUUUCAGGGGAGGUGCAGGAAUUCUCAGGGGAGGUGCAAAACGAUCUCAGGGGAGAUGCGCACACCCGUGGGGACACCUCCCCUCAAAAUCCGGCCGUUCCAUAUUACAUCAUUUUUAACCUGAAAAGAAGGCCUGAACCUUACUUAAAUAAAAAAUUCUAUAUUUAUUCAUUUAUAUAUGAUUUUAUUAGGGUACUUAAUUGAAACAUUUGUUAACCUCUUUCGGAAACAAGUAGAUUUGCCGGGUAAAAAAGGAAAAGCUAGUCGAACACAUGUGAAUUUAACUAGCUCGAAAAUUUUGACAAAAAGCAAGACUAUUAUAACUUUGGCAUCCAAAUUAUUGCUUUCAAUAACAGGUGACAAUUCUUAAGUGUACAAUGUUUAAUAGUGGUAAUGGUAAUGGUUUAUUAACACAUUUAGUAGUAGUUACGCUAAUUUACAAUUAUGUGUUUACAAAUUUGGGUAUAAAAAAGGUAUAUAUUCUAUAUAUUUACAUGUCAUUCAUUAAAAUUAAAGUUUUAAUAAUCUAUAUCUAUUUACAAUAUGUAUAAAAACUACUAAUGCAUACCUAUUUGUACAUUAUCUGAUAAAAUUUUAAAAAUGAUGAUCCUAAUCAACUAGUCUCUGGAGAAUUAUAUAAAUAUAUACAGUAAACUAAAGGACUGUGUUUAAAACGUUCGGUUUUAGAGGGGAAAUUAUAUAACUUCUGACUGUUAGUUCUUGUUUCUUUUUGCCUAAUGUAUUUUAGUUUCUUUGGUAAGAGGCUAUGAAGUUUAUGGUUUGGUUCCAGCAUUUUUUUAAUUAGAGAUACACAUAAUUCGUCCCUACGUUCUUCCAAAGUUUGUAAUUUUGUCUCAGUUAUUGCUUGGUCGUAGUCUAGGUUUGGGUAAAUUAUUCUAAGUACUCGUUUUUGAAUUCGUUCAAUGCUCUUUUUCUGCUCUUGGGUUAGACCUCCGUUCCAAAUCUCUGCACCAUAUUCUAGAAUAGGACGAAUUACUGAACAGUAAAAUGCUAACAAAUUUUCCAUGGGGGCACCAUAACUCUUCAAGAUCUUUAAUAAAUACAGACGCUUGGCCGCUUUCUUUGUAAUAUAUUCCUUAUUAGUUUUCCAUUUAAGAUCGCAAUCUAACCAUAUUCCCAGUAACUUAUAUGACUUCGUUCGAGAAACAUGAUGACCACCAACAUAAAUGGGGGGUAUAGGGGUUAUAUUUUUCCUUAGUGUUCAUAUAUUUUGCAAUACUGUAGUCCUAUAUUUUAAAAUGGGGACUAAAUAGAGGGUGCACUGGGAGCUUGUUCCUUUACAGUGGGGACUUAUUAGAAAGAGGAUGUUAAAUAAAGGCUGGGGGCAAAAUGGAGGAAAUAAAUAUAAGUUAUUUUGAGGCAACGAGGGGAUAUAACUUACUAGCUUAUUUUUCACAUUGCGAGGUCGUGUUAAUGAGUCAGAAUAAAAAUAAUUCUUAAUGCCAUAUUGCCUUCGUGAUGUUGUUUUUUCUCAUUUUUUGUGCUGCAAAGACAUUGCAUUGCAGGUGAAUAUUAGAGGGGAUUAUUAUAUAGAGGGAAAUUGAUUAGAGGGGACUAUUGAAUAUAUUCCCCGCUAAGAACAAAGGAAACCGAGCAGGGUGAAAAAUAAGGUAUAUUAUAAAGAGCCUGUUGAUGCCUGUCUAUGAAAUAACAUCAUUGUGUAUGUGUAAUCAUGACGCCGUGAUCUUUAAUUUGUAUAUCACCCACCAUGCAGAUGCUAAAUGACAAAUAUAUGUACUGAGGUAUUUGGUAUACAGUAUUGUUAGCUUUAUGCAUCGGUCAUGAUCAUUUGAAAUCCCGACCCUCCAUCCGUCCAUCGCCCGGAAAAUGGCAGGAUUUCAGCACAGCCAAAGCGGGGAAUGAACACACAUUUAACACAUUUAUUAAAUAGACACUUAGCUACCAAGCCUGCAACACCAAAGACGAUUUCAGACGAAGUUAAAAUGUCUACUUGAAACAGAAAAGUCGGUCGGAACAACACAUAAUUUGUAUAAAAUGCCGCCAAGCUAUGUCUAAGUUUGUCCAGAAAUAACUUGAGAUACUGAUGCCCAGGCUCAGCCUUACCGCCAUUACCGGGCUUUUGACACACGGCUUGCUCCCAGAGCCAGAGCGUGGGAAAGCAGUUUUUCAACAUUCGGCAAGCGUUAAGUUCCCUGUCAUAUGUCAUAUCCCGAGGGUUGGAUUUCAAAUGACUGAGACAUUAAUAGUGCGAUACUGAUAUUACUGUACAUGUCACAAUGCCAAAUGUAACAAGUUUUACAGUAUUGGUACAAUGCAAAAGGAACAACAUAGCUACUUUACUUUCAUCUGCAUGUGUCUCAUUAUUUUUUUAAAACAUGUUCAAACGUCAAACAUUAAACAUCAUGCAGCUAUACAUGAAAUGAUACUCGGUAUUAUAUUGCUAUCUUUUUCGCCAGAGUCAGGUUUAAUAAUUGGUCAUGCAGUAGCAAAAUCUUGAUAAGAUCGUGUCAUACAGUAUGAGGUAUAGACUAUAUAGUUUAAUUUCCGUGAUGCCAGAUUUUGCAUGUAGUAGAUGAUUGAUUUUCGACCAUGUUUAUCCUGAAAAAUUGCCUUUGGCUACUGACUAUAGUGAGGUUGAUCUUGAACUGCCUGUGCCAGUAGUAACAAUUUUUCGUCAGUAGGGAUGGAAUUACCUGAAAAAUAUAAGGACAAUUUUUCGACGUUUCGAGCGAAGACCCAUCAUCGGGAAUUUCCUUGUUGCAGAGCCUAUGAGUAAUGAGCCUAUUUUCGUUUCGUACUUUUUAAACUCACUCUGUUUCUGAGUAUUUGUGAAUCACGUCUUUCCUUUCCAAGGAUUAAACCUUGGCUAUGCAGUUUAAUAUAGAGUACCAAAAUUUCGAGUACAAUGAUAGAUCCAUAUAUCUUGGGUUUUCAAGAUGUUUUCAUUCUUUCGGUUUUUAUUUUAUAUUUUAUUUUCUUCAAUUAUCGACUAUAGUUUUGGGUUUUGCAUGUAAAAUCCUAUAUUAGGUGUAUACAGUUGUCUGCCAGUAACACAGUAUACUAUUGACUAUUGUAGGUACAAUAUAAAGCCAAACUAUGUACUGAACAUUCGCAGUGUAUUUAGAAGUCAUUGUAAAUUGUCAGCUAUUUAUGGUCUAUAUCUGAUUGCCAAUGUUAUCAUAGUAGAUUAGUCUCAGGUUCGGGUGUGAAAAUGUUCGAACAAUACGUCAAUAAUUGAUCUGUGCAGAUUAAUACAUCUGCAAAAAUUCCACUCGGCGCUUAUCCAUGUAUUACAGCACUUAUCCCCGAUGUAAUAUGCCACAACUUUGGAAGGUUAAAAUAUCCCAUCAAUGACUCCAGUAAAUAGACGGUCAAAGUUUUUAUAGCCCUGUGUUGAAUUUCCAUUUGGCAUUCGUGGAAGUGUUUUGAAGAUUAAGUAUAGUGCGCCUACAGUAUUUUAAUCCGGUAUUAUUUGUUAUAUAAAUCUCAGUAAUUUGAAGAAUGAUGUACUGUAUAUUUAGUAUAUAUUUAUAUAUCCUUUGAUAUGCAACGUAAUCCUUGACAUUGACCGCGCGUUCCUUUAUUCUUUGAUAGAUCAUUGAACUCGGAUGACGAACAAACAACAGAAAACAGAGCAAUGAGGAAACCCACAAAUACAGAACAAUAUUCAAAAGAACGUCAUUUUGAUGAACACGAAGACGGGCAAAUCUUGACAGCUCAGCCUGUGAGUGCAUCGUAUACAGUGAGUUGUGUGAGCAAUGGCUACGAUGAUUAUCGUCAUACAGUUGAUCCAGCUGUACGGCAUUCCGAGAGUACAACUGAUGCACAGGCAAGGAGACCGCGUGUAGACGUCACACAGAACGGAACAAAGAGCAAAUCGCCGGAUAGAAAAAAAGUUUUUCCUUCAAAUAACCGUAAUGCUGUACCUGAGAUACAGAAUGUUUACGAAAAUCAGGUCGAUAAUAAAAAUAAUAGAAGCGUUAAUGUGAGUAGAGUUAGGUUUGAGGAGUGUUGGGAAGAUAGUCCAGGUAGAAAACCUGAUUAUAAAGUUCGUGAAGCUUCUGGUAUCUCAAUACGCGACGAAACUCCCGGGUUUAAACGUUCGGAAAUUCAACGAGUUGCAAAUGGUGAUACCGAUAACCUUGAGUCGAAGGAAAAUACCGAUAACAGUUCAAGUAAAAUUGAGAGGCCAGCCAAAGAUAAGCAAGGAAAAGUCACUUUAAAUGCACUGGUUCAAGACAAGCCUACUGGAACAAAGACAAAUGGUCAUAAAGAGGCCAUCGUCUAUGCGAAAGACAGCUUUACCUCUCGUAAACGCGAUGUGCCUACUAGUAGACUUGACAAUGGUAAUAGACUUGACAGCGGACAUCCACAAGGUCGCUCGGAAAUCACCCGAACUGAAGAAGUUAAACCGUUAGGACUGCGUCAACUAAUAAAAAUCCACGAGAUCCAGAUAGCUGAAGUUGCAAAAAGUGCUGCUUCCAUGAAGCGACCGCUGUCCGGCAAAGCACACGAAGGACGUUUGGUUAAAGUAAAAAUUGUUCCCGAAAUUGAGACGAAACAAUCGCAUGUGAAACAAAAUGCCGCAAAGGUUACCUUUGCCGGGAAUAAAACCAGCUCAGAUAGUCCGUUGCCAAGAAAAUUACCAAGCGUAGAGUCACGGAGUAAAGUCGUAGAACCAGUUAAAGAGAAAGAAGGAUUAAAUGUAAAGAAUGAAGCAAGUAUUGGUAAAGCACGGACUACUGUAAAACCAAAGCGACAUACAGUUGAAUUGAGGACAAAACCGCCCAUUCAAGAAGACCAGAAAUGGAAGCGUCACACCGCGAUUGGUUUAGUUGGUUUUGACCACCAGGGACACGAAGUACCUCACGGGGAGUGGUCACCAAGGGGAAAAGAUUCUAAGAAAUCAUUUACCAGUCCUGAUAGCGAUGCAGAAAUAGAGUAUUUGAGAAAACAACCGGUUGAACCAGAAAAACAGUUUGUGGACGAGAAAAUAGAAAAAUGUGAUGUAACAGGUCUCAAAACAUCACCCGUCAUAAAUGAAAGGGAUGAAGUAUGGAAGAUACCUGAUGAAGAGAAACCUGUUUUGGAUGACGAGUUAGAGAUUCCACCGGAACGGCCUCCAUUACCAGAGAAUUUUUACAGCAGUGCAGAGGAGAUCUUGAUGAGACCUCCUCCGCCGGUUUAUACAAACGACAUUGAAAAUAACAAUCCAAAAUUAGAUUUUAAACCAAGGGCUGAUUAUGUUCCAAGAGUAGAGUUUAAACCAACUAUUGAAUAUGUUCCUGCAGUUGACAGUAAUCCAAAUAAUGAAUAUAUACCUACAACAGACAAUAAACAAAAUAUUGGUUAUGUUCCUACAGCGGAUAUUCAAAAAAACAUUGGAUAUGUUCCAAAGGAAGAUUUUACACCAAAUACUGGAUUCGUUCCAAAGGUAGAUUUUGAACCAAAUCUUAAAUAUAUAAAGAAAUCCCCUUUUAGUGAACAAUUACGACCUAUCCCAUUAUCCAGCAGUUUGCCAGCUAUUCAUGUAUCCACUGCGAUAGUACAAAGUAACGGCGAACGUAUACUUGAACAGGAUAAUAUUCAAGAGAAGGAUCAUGUACUUGGCAAAACCAGGACCACAAGGGAGAUGUAUGAAGAACGAUUAGCAAGAAUAAACUUGAUUCCUCUUGAUGUAUCUGAAAGACACCAGGCAAACCAAGAGUUAGCUGCCUCCUUGUACAGCAGUCUAGAAAGCUUUGCAUGGGAUAAGUCAUGUAACAUUCAUAAUUCGAACAAGACUGAAAAUCUGGAUAAACUUAAAACAUGCAUGAAACAAAUGAAAGUAUUAACAAAACAAAAAGAAGAACUGGAAAAAAAUUUUGAACGUGAGAGGCGAGAUUGGAAGAGAAAAUAUGAAGAGCAACAGAAGGUUGCCAAUGCGUAUCAGAAACUAGAAGAUCGUUAUCGACGGCAGGUGCAGGAAUUACAAGAAGCGUUGAAAUUGUGUAGAUGUACAGACACAGAAACAAGAAAGACUUUGUUUCUGGGGCACUCUUGGUAAGUUACAAAUUUCAACUUGCUCACCUACUCUUUAAUAAAUUUAACUAUCAUAUAAAUUUGACUUGCUUACCAAAAUUGGAAUGCAAUUGUGCGAUAUCAUCAGAUAGUUUUUCGUGAGCCCUACAGCCAGGGGUGGCAAAAAUAGACGACCACGCGAGCACUGCUCGCAGGGAAUGUUAAAUUAAACAGCAUGCAGCAGGAAAUUCGUUUGAAUGAAGAUUUGCUAUUGAAAAUUUGAAGGAAACCUUAACACCCAUGUCUCACUAUGUGCGCAACAACGUAUGGUUGACAGAUAUUAUUCCUAGAAUUUAAAACCAUGGUCAGCUAGAGCACUAUAUGUUUAUGCACAUGCAGAUUUAGCACAAAAAUACUUCCUUGGUCUGCCUAUCACUGGCAACAGCUCCUGCUAGCGUACACAGUACACAGGAAAAAACGCCUAGCCUGUAACAAUGUUGAUGAAAACAGGCCUGAAUAAUAUUUUGCUGCCCAUAUUGUUCCUGGUUGUUAACAAUAUUGUUCAGCAUUGUUCAUCUGAACAAUGGUAACACUAAAAUUGUAUGAAAUAGGACAAUUACUAAUUUUUAGAAACAAAUUAUUCAAAUUAGGUGCAGCGAGAUUAUUUAAGAUUUUGUAUGUAAAAAUCGAUUUCAAAUAAUCUGUCCUUAUCUCUAAAGUUUCCCAAGCGAGUGUUUCGAAAACGUCAGCCGUCCGUAUAUCAUAAGAUGCUCCCGUUAAUACUCGGGCUGCUCGAGAUAGGUAUUUCUGUAGCUUUUCUGACGCUUUACAAAUCUCGUAACCGUUGCCAAAUCCGUUGACAACCGGAUUUCUGAAAACUCACGUAGUAAAACAAGCAUCUAACGUAAGAUGAUGGCGAGUAUUUACAAACAAUGAAUGUUGCAGUCGUACUCGUUGCUAAAUAAUAAAGCUCUCUAUUAUCUUGUACAACAAUAUGGUUCUGGUUUCUUAUGAGCUUGGCAGCUCAUGAAUUGAGGUUGCGAAAUUAUAUAUAAAUCUCAAACUCAAUAAUUCAUGAGUAAAUUGGCCAACCGUAUUGCUUUAUUUUGCUCACAUGAUAAUACUGGAUACCUGGUGAAGUAUACUGAUCCAAUCCUGGGACUGAAUCAAAAUUAAUUCAGUCCUUGGACUGAAUCAAAAUUAAUUCACCUCGGACUGGGCCAGAUGCGGACUUGAACUCUAGUCCAUGCAGUCCUCAUAGCUGGAUUUGAAAUAUUGCUUAAAACUUUCGUAUGUUUAUUAUAAAACUGUGCCAAGGAUUCUAAAUUAUAUUAUGAUUUCUUGUGUAGGAAACGAGCAGAUCCAUACUUGUUGUCAACACAAACACAGUCAAUUCUGGACGAGACUGAAGAAUGGCUGAAAGCACAAUCUGUGCGCUCCGAUAUAACAUAUAAUUCAGCAAAUAUCAGCACAACAAGAAUACAGAACGGGCAAAGUUCCCAUGAAUCGCUGACAGACCUUAUGGGCGUGGAAACAAAAUGGGCGAUGGAUUACAAAGAUGUUGCUCUUACAACUGGCAUUGAUCAGUACAACGGGACAAGUGUUUGAUGCAGUUUCUGCUGGGUGAAAAUGGGAAACGACCACAGCCGAUAAGGCGUAAAAAAAAUACCCGUGGUUCCGGUUCCCGACCGACCCUAUUUUUUUCUGCCGACCCUAUUAUUUUUUCAGCGCGAUUGACCGUGCGACCUUAUUUUCUCCAGGUGGUUGCGGGCUGCUCAUACAGCGUGCCAAAAUGGCGUUUGUUGUCACACUAAUUAUUGAACCAAAUUGCCUAAAUUCGUCCAUAGGAAAUACGUAUCUCUAGUUAAUAUUGAUGUCGGGACUCUACUGCAAAUCGCCCAGCAAAAAACCGCCAAAACCAUGAAAAUAAUAUUAAAAAAAAAUUAUUUCCGACCUACCGACCCUAAUUUUUUCACGAUAUGAAACCGGAACCACAGGUAUUUUUUUCUUACGCCUAAACGAACAGUGAUAUUUUUACAGUCAAGCCGGAUGUUCUCUUGCAAGCAACAUUGCAAUAUUGUCUCACAAUAUUGCAAUUUUGAUAUAGGGAGAUUGCUCUGAGCAAUUUGCAAGCAACGCGAAGUGUUGAAAUUCACAAAAGAUCUGUAAAUAAAGCCUCUGAUUGGACUUUAAGAAAAAGGGAAGCACCAAUCCAGUUGCUAAUAAACUAUUUGAGUGGCUUCCUCUUUGCUAAUACUCCAAUCAGAAGCUUUGUUUACAAAUCUUUUGUGAAUUUCAACUUAAAUUUGUUCUUGUCGCUUGCAAUCUCCUUAUCAAAAUUGCAAUAUAGUGGGACUAUUAAUAUUGCAAUGUUGCAUGCAAGAGAACAUCCGGUUUGACUGUAAUAAAUAGAAACAUUUUCCGCGUUUCUAUUUAACAAUUAGUCGCCGAAGGCGAGGUGAUCACCGAGCCUGAGGCGACUAUUGUUUUAGUAUAAUUUCAGUAUUGAAAAAGUUUUAUUUAUAAAUACAACUAAUACACGUGUUGAUUUUAUGAAUGUAAUUUGCAUAAAUAAUUUACUCCAGAAAAUGGGAAAAGCAAUGGUUACUGCUGAGAGUAGUCUAAGCAGUAACUAUUGCCUCAUGCAGAGUUACUGCUGAGGGACUAAGGGAGCCAAUCCGAAUGCUCAAAGGCCAUAUUUCAAUACUGAAAUUAUACUAAAUAGUUAUAGAAACACGCGUGGGAGUUUGGAAGAACGAGAUAAUCAGUGCAUGGGAUAAUCCUUAGGCCUCAGUUACACGAUAUACCGAUUCACUUUUUGCGACAUCAACAUACUGCAUGUACGCCGGGCCAUUCAGGAGUAAUGUCUGACAAUAAAAGUUCCCUUUAACAGUUUUCGUUUUAUUUUGUUAUAUUAUAUGUUAAGUGUUAAAGAUAUUUCUGAAACCGUUAAAUUUGAUGUCAUGACAAGCGAAUCCUGUAUGGUGUAACUGAGGCCUUAUGCCUGGUUUCCAUAUUGUCGUAAUGGUGAUCAAGAUUGCGUCACGAUCUUUCUCAACAGCCGAAAUACAUUAUAACAGUUUAGAACUGAAAAUAGGGAUAGGGUGAUUAUAUAAAUAGAGAAUAUUGAUGAUUUAUACGUGGUUAAUAUGGAAAAACUAUUUUAGUCUGACUUUUUGACCGUUACGACCAUAUGGAAACCUGGCUUAAAGCCGUAUUUCUAUAACUGCAUAGAAACACAGAAAAAAGUUGUCUAUUUCUUUUAUAAUAUAACUCAAGAAAAAUAUUUUAUAGACAUUUUUAAAUGAAUUAAUUUACAAAUUCACAUUACCUAAAAAUAGGUUCAUUUUUGUUCGUCAAUUUUACAUUAAAAUAAUCUAGUUUUCCACUUAUUUAUACUGAGAAAACGAUUUUGCUCUGUGUUUCCUCAAUUUCGUUGUCGAGACUAGUGCUAAACUUCGAAGUUGUAGCCCAAAGUCAAUCCAGAGCGGUUGUUAAAAAAUUGAUUUUUUAAAAAUAAUUUUUUAUCGACGCAUACAUUUCGAAUAUCACAGUUUGGUUCGCGCUGAUGCCUCUGAGCCCGUCCCCCACCCAAAGUUCGAUAACAAGUAUAUAAUUUUUGGAAUACAAUCGCAUGUUUAUAACGAUUAAAAAACAGAAGGGAUCACAAAUGAAUUCACAUUGGAGCCAGGGACGUAGCGAAGAGUUUGUCGUUUUGGGGGGUGUUAAGGGUACAAAUUACCUGAUUUUUUAAAAUUACUUUUUACAUUAUCUAAAAGCAGUUUUUGAAAUUUAGUUACUGAUGUGACAGAUGUGUACAUUUAAGUAUAGUAGAUGUUAAUUUAUUUCGAAAGAAUGUAUUAACAGCACAACGAAAUACGUGGCUGAGUCCACUAUACAGGGUGUAUCAAAAAAAGCGCAAUCCUCGACUGAAAUGUAAAUUGCUAAACAAAUAAUAGACGAAAACGU